CCAUUUUCCACGUCUUCAAUCUUUAUCGGGCAGAAGAGAACACGGAGAACACGAUAAACCCUGACAAACCCCUUGAAUACAGAAGCAGCAUGUGUAUAUGAAGUCUAUUUCCAUACAGGAAAGCCCCCUAGUCGCCUUACUUUCACUUCGAUCUUGGACGAAGUUAUGUCCAAUUUCCUCCAAAUUUCGUUGAGAAAGUCCAAAUUCAGUGCUCGAAGACCGCGAAUUUUGCACCUCUUUUCUCCUGAGUUUUCAGCGUUCCUACACAAAUUUGCGGGGAACCCAUCCCACUCGCAUCAAAUUAUCUCUCCUUCAAGCUGGUUCUGGGUCGGUUCUAAUUCGUUUCGAAAUGCCAAUUCCUCUUAUCGGAGCCACCAUGGCCUGGUCUUCGCCUCACGGAUUCAUUUCUGGGGUUCCCAAGCGGCUUCUGAACAGUCAACUUCAGAUGGGCUAACGGUGGAUGGAAUUCUAGCUAAUAAUUGGACGAUUCUAGACGAGAAUGAAGGUGAUUGGAAGAGUCAUGCGGCUGCGGUGGCUCAAUCUAUUCAUUUGAUUAAACGGCGCCUACAGUGGAGAAAAUUGAUGGUCAGGUUGGAUUUCUUAUCUGCCGAGCUUAAUAAGCCUGAUCUUUGGGAUGAUCCUGUGCAUGCAAGUAAAAUAAGCCGUGAGCAUGGUUCACUCAUAGGAAAAAUGAAAGAGGUGAAUGCAUUGGAGCAAGAACUACUAGAGAAUAUUGACAUGAUAAAACUUGCUAGAGAGGAGAAUGACGAAGAUUUGGAAUCGGAAUCAAUGAAAGCACUCCUUAACAUGAGAAGAAAUUCAAAAGAAAAGGAGCUCAAGGCAUUGCUUGCUGGGGAGCAGGAUUUAUGCUCUUGUUACAUUGAGGUUCAGGCUGGAGCUGGUGGUACUGAGAGCAUGGACUGGGCUGCAAUGGUCAUGCAGAUGUAUAAGUCCUGGGCCCAGGGACGUGGAUAUAAAGUAACUGCGGUAGAAGAAAUGCCUGGUGAGAUUGCAGGAAUCAAGCGAGCAACAAUUAAAGUAGAUGGUGACUAUGCAUUUGGGUAUGCCAAAGCAGAAGUAGGAGUGCACAGGCUGGUGCGCAUAUCACCUUUUGACAGCAACAAGCGGCGGCAUACUUCAUUCGCUGCUGUAGCAGUGACCCCAAUCCUGGGUGAUGCAUCUGCUCAUGUGCAAAUUAAUGAAUCUGAUCUUCGAAUUGAACGAUUUCGUUCUGGGGGUCCUGGUGGUCAGCAUGCUAAUACAACUGAAAGUGCUGUAAGAAUAGUUCAUAUUCCUUCAGGAAUUGCUGCCGUUUGUCAGAAUGAAAGAUCACAACAUCAGAAUAAGGCUUCAGCGAUGGCUGUGCUUCAGUCUCGAUUAGAUCAACUGGAGAUGGCACGCCAGGCACAGUUGAAUGCCCAGCAUUCACAGUCCCUUACAGAUAUAACUUGGGGCAACCAGAUACGCAGUUUUGUGCUCCAUCCUUACCGCAUGGUGAAAGAUCUUAGGACGAAUUAUGAGGUUUCAGAUCCCGAUUCUGUGCUUGAGGGGGACCUUGAUGGCUUCAUUUUGAGCUAUUUAUCAGCCUGCUUGGAUAAAGAUGAGGAUCGUGCUUGAGUCGAUUUCCUACAUUUUGGCGGCACCGUCCGCCUUUAUGUAUUUAGUGUUGAAACAUGUCAUGGUUAGGCAAUUUUCAGAGGAGAUUUCAGUUGUCAUCAAGGGUUAUCACGGAUGACGUACUGGACAAGAAGCAAGCGUUUCUUCUUUAUUUUUGGUACUUGCCUAAACUUUAUUUAUUCAUGAAUGAAUGGAAACAUUUACUUUUCUAUCCAA